AUGAUUUGUGAAAUCAUUCUAGCAGGCGAACAGCUGGACGGGAAGUCAGUUCGUGUUGUUGGCAGAGUCACCCAUUACGAUGCCUCCAGAUCUGUAGCUGUACUGUCAGAGCCAAACAAAACAGAUGCUGCAUUGAGUGACGAGAAGUUGACUGUCGACACUCGACUGGUGGAGGCUGCAGAUUUUAGACCUUGUUCCCAGGUCAUGCUGAUUGGGGAGUUGGAGAAAUGCCAAGGUCAGACUGCCGGUGCAGGCAAGGUCACUGGAGAUGUUGUUCUGAAAGCUCGAGUGUCGAGGUGUGUGGAUCGACUUGACUAUGCCCUGUAUUGUAGGGCUGUCGAUGUGUGGAGGACAUAUGAUGCCAGUGAAGGGUGA